AUGUCGAAUGUUGUGCCGGCUUCCCCCGCAGUGAUAUCCGAGUGUUACGACGAGCGCUUCAAGGCCUACAAUGCGUCCUGCUACUCGUUCAUCUCCUUCCCGGAAGCGGACUGGAUGACGGCGCAACAGAUUUGCCGGUUGAACGGAGCGCAGCUGGCAUCGAUUUCGACCACCGAUGAGCAGAGGUUCAUCACGUUCAACAUCCGUAACAGCCUGGACUACACGCCCCGGGCUCUGUACUGGGUUGGUGGUGAGCUAACAGACGCCGGCGAGCUAGAAUGGGCCGAUGGAACGAAACUACUGUUUGAGGGUUGGCUUCCCGGUCAGCGACCGGACCCAACACAGCCACCACAAGCUUCCAUGUGCUUAGGUCUGCAGUGGAAAAUAUCUCCCACUCCGAUGAUUUCAUCUGGAUUGCACUGGAGUGCGCAACAGUGCUCGGCCAGGGGAGGCUACGUAUGCAAAAAGCCGCGUCCAACGGCCGACGAAAACAUGGUCAAGAACCAAACCGUCAGUGGAACGGAAGGACGAUUGGAUUCGCCCAAUCCGUAUCCAGCUCACACGGACUACUGGGUCCGAUUGGUGGCUCCGGAAGGCAACCGGAUCAUAAUACAGUUUCAGAUGCUGGAUAUCGAGUUUCAGGAAGAAUGCCUGUACGACUACGUGAGUAUACAGAACUUUCAAAUCGUACCGAAUGCUCCGUUGAACCCAGGGACCAACCCACAACCGAUGGCCAUGUUCUGGGAUGGCCGAACCGAUGGCCUAUUGUCAGCUGACUACUCAAAUGAUCAGCCUUACCGACCACUUUUGACGGGGGACUACAGCUACGACCAGAAGAGCUCCUCUCCGCCAAGACAGGAGAAAUUCUACCGGAAGCGAUCACUUUCGGCAAAUGACGAUAUCCAACAGAAGCUGCAAGACAACAUCAAGCUGCUGGAGAAGAUCAACUCCAAGCUAAAAGAUCGCAAGAAGCGAUUUCUCAGCUCGGACAACUACAAAACGGUGAAGAACAGCUCCCAGAGCAUCACUUUAGAGUCCAAUUCAGCGGUUGAGCCGGUCGUCGAAGAAACAGAUCCUUCCUUUCUACCGUACGUGCGGUGGUGUGGGACGCACGAUGCCAACAUGACGCGCUUCAACUUCAUCUCCAGCGGGAACGAAGCGUUCCUGCGGUUUCAUUCGGACUUUUCCGUAGGCGGAAGAGGCUACACCGCAACCUGGAGCACGGUAGACGUUUCGGGGUGUCCGGUGCAAACGAUAACUUCGCGGGAAGGAACAAUUAGUAGUCCGAACUAUCCGCAUUUUUUGUUGAACAAUCUAGACUGUACGUUUAUCAUUCAGGCUCCGUACGGGAAGAAGGUUUGGUUGGAGUUCACGUCCUUUGACAUUGUGUUGGAUGCGAUAGUUUAUGUGGACAUCUCGGAGGGACCUUUUGAGCCGUUCCGGGACGAGAGUCACGUCAACGAUGGGGUGUUCUUGAGCAAGGGUGAACGGCUGGUGGUGCGACUGAAGACUGGAUCGCUUCCUCGGGGAAAAGGCUUCCAUGCGACUUUCAAGACGUUGAGUUCGGCAGCCGAGCAGAGGUCUAUCCAUCUGGGGAACAGAACCAGUGGGAACAUGUUCUACCUGAACUAUCCUCAAUCGAUGCCGUACGAGAUUGACUUUACGCAGCAUCUGAUAGCGCCGUUGGGAGAUGUGAUACUGCUGGAGCUCCACGGGGUGGGGUUUAGUGAGCAUGGUUGUCACAAAAGUGGAUUUAUCGAGAUCUUCGAUAACUACGCAGACAAGAACGGCACGCUGUGGCAUCUGUGCGAGCUCAACCACCCAAACGCAUCCGUCUCCAAGGCCUAUUCCGCGGAGUACAAGCUCAUCGAGAACAGCCAGGCCAAGCCGGCACCCAUCUACAUCACGUCCUACCUGAACACUCUGCACAUCCGUCAGCGGAACGUCCAGGGAAUGGGCGUCCGACUCAACGCCACCAUCCGUCUGCAGAACGACAUCGGUUACAAGAUGAAGCUCAUCACCAACGAGGACGAGUGGGUCGAAAGCUGUAAACCGAACCCCUGCCAAUACGGGGGCAAAUGCGUCAUGCAGAAAGACGACCGGGGCAUUUGUCAGUGCCGGGGUCACUACACGGGUCGCUUCUGCGGGUUAACGAUGUGCGAACUAGAACCGUGCUACUUCGGCAAAUGUGAAUUAACACAAUCCAGCUUCAAGUGCCACUGCCAGCCCGGUUAUAUGGGCAAACGGUGCGAUGAAAAGCCGAAGCCGUGCGAAGAUAACCCUUGCGAGGGGCGAGGCGAGUGCCAUCCCAAGAACGGAGGCUACUUCUGCCGAUGUCACGCCUGGUGGGAAGGACCCCGCUGCGAAAAACGAAUGAUGCAUAUCCCGUAUAAGCCACUGUCGGAGCGGAUGCUGCAGGAACCGUUUUGGUUGGGCUUGAUUACGGUUUUCGUGGUGUUGGCGGUCAUUGGAUUGGUAUGGUGUGCCAAGCGACACUUCCCGGAGAAGAUUGAGAAGCUGCUCGCCGAUGAAGCUCAUCGGAAUAGACCUGCGAACUUCCCGCCGCACCACCUAAAUACGGCUCUUCGUGAACAGCUGCAAGCAACGGCCGUCGGAACGGUGCCCUCGUCAACGGCCACCACCCCGGCAACGCACCGGACCAUCUUCGGACGUUUGGGUAUUAGAAAACCAUCCAUAUUGAGCCUCAGCAGCCCUCAGCAAGUUGGAGGGGCAACCGCUAGAACAUUUUCAUUAGAUGAUCUAUUACGGCCCCCUCCUCGACGGACACCAUCUCCCCGCAAGAAGCGAAACAACUCAACUCCCACGAAGAAGAACGUCAACGAGAAGAAGCAGAUAUUGCAGCAGUUGGUAUCGCCGGCACCCAAUUCCGCUACCAAGCAAGUCAGCCUGGGCGAGCUGAUCCAGCUGUCCGAGAACCGGCUCAAGGUGCACCACGCCGAAUCGGAGUCGGACCUGAAGGAGACGACCUUUUCCGAGCAUUCGCUGUCCGUGUCGUCGAUGGUGCGUCAAAUUUCCGACCCGAAACUGGAGAAGAAGGUCACCUUUGCCCGGCUGCUCAGCAAGGUUUCGGCCGAGAUGAGCAGCGGGUCUGAGGACCUGGCCAAUGGAACAAAACAUUCUAGCGCUUUAAGUCUUCCGACUGAAGUACCGCAACGCGCAAAUUCCGUACCACCGUCACCAAGCACAAACGAAAUCCGUUCGCCGCACAGCACUUCCUCGAACCAGGGAAGCGAUUCGCUGUCCAGUUCCGAGCUAGCUUUGCAUGACUUCGGCUUGCGGGGUAACCGGCGGGUUCGCCCCAAAGUGUCCAGCGCGGACUCGAUCCUGGCCAUGUUCAAAAACUUUGCGACUUCGAGUGCCGGCAUCAACCUGCCGUCGUCGAUCGUGAUAUCGCCGUCAUCUACCCCGACGGCAUCCAGCCCACAAGAUGACGUGGCUGGCGAUGACGACUCGUCGACUUCGUCCAUCCACACGCCGGUUAGCUUCUCUAGUGGGGCACCCGACUCACCCGUGUUCUACCGGCAGAGUACAAUCGAAGUACCUGUUCUCGAUGCACUUAGCGCUCACAAAACGACGCCUUCGGCCACCACAACCACCACUACACAGCUGCAUCCACCUACAAUUCUGCUGGAGAUUCCCAGCAACGGAAUCAAUAACAAGUGCCUAUCUCCAAUCAGAGAAAUGCCGACGCCCAUCCCAUCACCAGCGUUGACACCGAUCAUGCCGCGACCCCAGCGGAUGCGAUCUCCUCAGAACAUGCAUGAGGAGUCGAUGUCCGUGACGUUCAGCGGAGACUACUCCGGAUACAACAACGCAAAUCCCAACCAAGUCACAAUAGAAAUCAACCACCCCGAAUCGGACACCGAUUCGCCCACUCCUACUAAUCUGUCCUCUCAGAGUGACUCCAACAGCUCGAACGGUUCCAGCCGAAGCCGUAAAACUCCACCUCCUCCGAAGAUCUCCAUUUCAAUCGACGUUCAACCUCCAACGCCCGAAAGAGAACGAGCGGUGCGGCCCCGUGAUCUAGUAAUCCCAGAGCUGAUCAUCCAGCAGCCAAGUCCAACGAAGGAACGAUCCUCGGUGGUGAUGUUCCCAGGGUCGCCGCCUCCCCAAAGGGCCAGCAUAGGAGAAACUAGUUUCCACUUCCCCAACAAACAACAGCAGAAAAGAUUGCUGAAACAAUGGGAGAAACUCGGUUCGUUGGAUCUGCCCUUUGAGCCGCCGAUGAUCACAAUCACGUCCAACAUGAGCGAGCUCGAGUCGGACGCCGACUGCAUGUCGCCGGCCGCCACAGGUAAACCAAACGGUACCAACACCCUAGGCGUGUCCGGUAGUUCCGUAGGAAUGUGCUAUCUCAGUCCAUUUUCAAUGUGUACCCGUGGUGAUCGUGCGCCGUCCGAAAGUAACCUUAGUUCGUCCGGCUACUCUAGUAUGGCUAGUCCCGGUCCCAGUAGGUGCGGAUCUAGCAAUCCUCUCUGUCCAAGCGAGAUGGAAGACCCCGGCACAGGUUCCGGAGGAACGGGCUUCCCUGGGUUGAGCUCCAUGAUGGGAGCAAACAUGCGUCGUCAUACAUCGAUUCUGAAGAAACACAACGAAGCUGCGGGAGGAGCCGGAGGAACGGCAACCGGUGGUAGUUCUGACCGUCACGAAUCUUUCCGGUUAAGGUCCGACUCUGAAACUCUAUCCGAUGAUCCGCUACUUGAGUCGAACGACGAGGGCAUUGGAACAGACCACUUGGAUGAGAAGAUCGAAGAAGGAGAAAUCAAAAGUGCCAAAGAGCUGGAACUCUUCAUCGGCAAGGAGCUGAUCGAAAAUGGGCGAAACAUUCUUAAUCAAACAGAGGUGGCAUCCAUGUCCCAAUUGCAACUACCGUCGAUCGUGAUACAAUCGGAGAGUGGGUUCGACAAGCUAUCGCCGGUUUCGUCGCGCUCCGAGAGCCCCCUGAGCGAUAGAACCGCCAGUAUGGAACGGUUUUCACCACUUUUCUACGGCAAAAAGGAUCAACAGCUGCCAUUCACCGAUUCGGACGGACUGUACGACUUCCCCUCGUCCGACGGCAAAGGCAGCUCGACGAUCCACCAUCGGAAGAGCACCGUCGGUCGAAGGAGAGAACGCCGAAGCUCUCGAUCUGGAGCGACUCUCUCGCCAUCUAAAUCGAACUCUAUACUGCUGGAGAUUCCCAGCGGGAACACUAAGGACAACAACGGCUCUGGUAGCCAUCAUGUCAUGAUGAACUCCCACAGCGUCCCUGGAUCGAAGUUCUCCUGCACUACGCCAACCCGAAAAAGCCCCAAGAGGCGUCCUCUGUAUCGGCAUCCCAUAGCGAGCAGUUCGUCGUCAACCGAAUCGUUGACGUCCACUCGCGAGUACGCUCAAAGAUCCAGCAAAGCGUUCAUGUCCUUCACGAGGGAAACCCACCUGUGCGACUCCGGAGAUGACACCGGCGAGGAUGUGUCUAGCCAAAUACUGCCCAAGGUAACGGUGGAGGACAUCAGUGCUCGACCGCAGAGCAAGAUCGGACGCCUGCGCGCCAUUGGCAACCAGAUUCGCUUCCUCCGCCGACUGGAGCGAUCGAUCCGUCAGAAGGAUCGUCUGAUAGCCGUCUCCGACGAGGACGCUGGUUCAUCGCCCAGAGAUUCACCUCGGGUCACUUCACCACUGCUGAAGAAACCGGACAGUAGUGGGUUGCAGACGAACUCGACCUCAGCGGUUGGUGGACGUAUUGUCGUCGUCGAAGCGCAGCAGCAUCCCCAGCCCCAGCAGCAACAGUUGCUGCUGAUGCCUUCCAGCGCCAUGGGAAUCAAGUCACGGCAGAACUUCAAAAUGUCCCGGCAGAAGCGGGUGGCCGGUAGCCGCGGGGGCUACAACGAUCAAUCCUGGCAGGAGCGGGAUCGGAAAAUGAUCGACGGCGCCGAUGUAAAUAGCGACUAAAUGCGGAAUGUGUGUGUGUGGACCGUGUGAAGUGUGUGCGAAUUGGUGUAAAUAGCUAGGUUAAGUUUAUGUUGAGCGUUCUGCGGCGUCAUGUUUCUUCCAACGUGGGUUAAACAAUGCAAUAACGGUCAGAGUCUCGUGUGUCACCACGAGGGUUACACACGCGGAAGAUUGUAUUGCUCUGGGCUGGAUUGUUGGGCACAAGUUAGUUGGGCGCCGUCCACAAAUUACGUAACGCUCUAGGGGGAGGAGGGGAAUAGGAUCAAGCGCUACGACCCGUACAAAAAUUUUAAAUUUUUCAUACAAAAAGCGCUAUGGAAAAAAGGAAAUCCUAAAGUUGCCAAAGUUACUGUAGGGGUACGCAGUAGUUCCCAGUGUUCAUCAAAGACGUCUUAAGAAACUUGCGUAUACUGGUAGUCCCUCAGAAAUCAUUUAGGAACUCUUGAAGAAUCUUCGACAGAACCCUUGAGAACCCUAUGGAAUUCAAUGAGAACGCUUUGUCGAUCAUAAAGCAAUCCACAGUCAGCGUUGUGUCGUGAUCUAUUUUACACCGCGUAAUUCCCAGGGAAGGAGCUAGUCAACUCUGCUG